CUUUGUUCCUCUCCUUGUUGCUGGAGCCCAUGGGCACAGACACACUGCCAUUCUCUCUCUCACAGGGGCUGCUGAGCCAUCAUGGGGAAUACCACCAGUGAGCGAGUGUCUGGGGAGCGCCAUGGCUCCAAGUCCCACCGCUCGGAUGGCUCCGGUGCCCCCCACCCCACCAAGGAGCACCCACACAAGAUCAUGGUGGGCAGCACCGAUGACCCCAGUGUUUUCAGCUCCCACGACUCCAAGAUUCCUGGGGACAAGGAGUUUGUGACAUGGCAGCCAGAUCUGGAGGAGUCAGUGAAACCAUCCCAACAGGCUCGUCCCACUGUCAUCCGCUGGGCCGAUGGAGGCAAAGAGGUCUUCAUCUCCGGGUCUUUCAAUAAUUGGAGCACCAAGAUCCCGCUCAUCAAGAGCCACAAUGACUUUGUUGCUAUCCUGGACCUCCCAGAAGGAGAGCACCAGUACAAAUUUUUUGUGGACGGCCAGUGGGUCCAUGACCCAUCUGAGCCUGUGGUCACCAGCCAGAUGGGGACGAUUAACAACCUGAUACAUGUCAAGAAGUCUGACUUUGAAGUGUUCGAUGCUUUGAAGGUGGAUUCCCUGGAGAGCUCAGAAACCUCAGGUCGGGACUUAUCAAGCUCACCACCUGGUCCUUACGGCCAAGAGAUGUACGUAUACAGGCCUGAGGAGCGCUUCAAAUCCCCACCAAUCCUCCCGCCUCACCUCCUCCAGGUCAUCCUCAACAAGGACACCAAUAUCUCGUGUGACCCAGCACUGCUGCCUGAACCCAACCACGUCAUGCUCAAUCACCUCUACGCACUCUCCAUCAAGGAUGGCGUGAUGGUGCUCAGUGCCACGCACCGCUACAAGAAGAAGUACGUCACCACGCUGCUGUACAAGCCCAUCUGA